ACUGUGGAAGGUGCCAGCACAGCAUCCAGCCAAGUUGGAGUCUGAGACUAAAGGACCGGGAGCACGGCAGGAGGCUCAGACUGGAUCCAGGAUGUACAGUCCUACUUAACCUCCCACCUUUUCCCAGAGAAGAGGGAUGCAAGGGAAUCUCACGGAGCCAGGCUGGCUCUCCUUAACCUGGCCUCUGGCCACACACACGCACAUCAACCCCAGCUAAAUUUAGUCUCCACAUCUGCGAGGUGAAGCCAGGAGUCGGCGUCAGACUCCUGAUUUAGCUCUGGGGCACAGCCCCGUGCCUCGUCCACCGCAGGCAAAUGGGAGCCCUAUGCCCUGUGCCCGGGUAGCAGGCGGGAACCAUGAGGUGGGACCAGCAGAGGGGCGACAGGCCCCCAUGGGCAGGAUCUGCGCACCCGGGCCUCCCCUCACCGAGCCAGGGAAGAGUCCUGCAGAAGGCACCCUUUCUCCCUGCGGAAGGAGAGAGGAACCGGAACCAGAUGUGCAGCGCCGGAGAACAGCUGGGGGAGAGCCCCCGCCCGGCCGGCGCUCCCUCCCUUCCUUCCCCGCCCGCUGCCCCGCCCGGCCCAGCCCCUACCUGCCUGCCCCGCGACUCCCCGGCCGGCCGGCCCGCAGGCGAGUGGCUCGGAGGGCGGGCUGGCGGGCCGGCGGGCGGCGGGGCUACCCGGCCCCGGACAUGGCGCACCCGACUCGGGCGCCGCUCCCGCUGGAGUGGCGAGUGAAGGAAGAAGAGGCGGCUGAGGGCGGCGGGGCGCGGGGCGCUGUGGAGGGAGAUCCGGGCGCUCCCAGGGUCCCCGCCGAGCUGCGCCACGCGGGGACUGUGCUGCCGCGCCGCUCGCUCGAGCUGCCCGGUCCUCCCGGCUCCCGCUGCACUGGGGGCCGGGUGCUCCUCCGCGCGCCCCGCUUUCUCCGCUCCCCCCACCCCCUUCCCGGGCCGCGGGCGCCGCCGCUCCCCCCACCCCCCUCCCCGGUCGGCGGCCGUGACCCUGGCAGCGCCUGCCCAGCGCCCGACCGCCUGCAGCGCGACCCCUGGCGGCUGGGAGGGCCCCUUGCACGCAGGCGACUUGCCACCAGCCAGCCGUAGCUGCAGGACACUGACCCCGGGCGGCCCUUGAAGUCCAGGGCGCGCUCCCGUCCCGCCCUUGGUCCUAGUCAGAUGAGGUCUGCCUGCCUGGGUGAAGGCCCUGAAAGCCUGGUUUCUGGAGACCCAGGUGGCUCCCCCUACUUCCAGGUUCAGUGCCUCCUACAUUCCCUUCCAGGCUAAGCCAGAAUCUCUCAGUUCUCUUUUCUGAAAACGACAAGUUUUGGAAAGGGGAAGAGAAGAAGCCAGGGUGUGGAAGAGCAGCAGAGAUGGGGGCAACGAAGGAGGGGCCCUACUCUCCUGACUGCUAUGUGGGGAAGAGAGGAGAGCAGAAGCUCAGAUGGGAAGGAUUCCAACCCAAGCCAGAAAAAGACAACGUCCUCAAAACAAAGUUGGCAUGCAAGCCUCAGCGAAUGAAUGAGAAGAGUGGAGAGCAUGGAGUGAAUUCGUGCCUAGUGAAGGGGCAGGAAUGGGAUUUAUGGGCUUCCCUGAGACCUAGAGGCAUGGGGUCCGAGACAGGCUGGUACCACACCUAACUUCCAGGUCCUCUAGGCUUAAAGGACCAUAAAGAAGAGGGAGCCGACCUGAGACCUACCUGGUGCAGGUAGUUUUUAAAUACUCUCUCCUUGGGGGCCUUAGCAGUGAGACCAGCUACCCUCCUGGGAAAGCUGGGGUCAUUGUACCGGAAACGUCCAGAACCCAGAGCUCAGCCAGCAGUCACCUCCUCACCUCCCAACUCACUGCCAGGCCUCACUGUUGAAGAGCAGUAGCUUGUCUGGCCAGAGUCCUUGUCCUCUGAUGCCGCUGCAGCAAGGUCCUGGUCACAUGAGAGGGCAUACGUCCGUCCUGCCACAGGAGCCUACACCCAGCCUGGACCUCCAUGUCCAAUGCUGCGUACAAAUUCUGAGGCUGGGGGGCACUUUCCACCAACCACAUGGCAUUGACAAGAUGCAAAACCGCAUAACCGACAAAAGGGCCUGCGCCCCAAGAACCUCCUAGAUCCCCGUUGCAUCCCAAACAGUAGCCAACCACACCAUGGGUUUGAUAUGAUUUUUUUAUUAACAUAUAAUAUAUUUAAUAAAAAAUAAUAUCCAC